ACGAGGAGUGGUGUUUACGUAAAGAAAUGCGUCAUGGAUUAAUUGAAAUUAAUGGAAAGUGAGGUAAUUUUCCGGGUUUUAAAGUGACGUUUUAGAUACAAGAAACUCUUCAGAUUCCUCGGAAAGUCAGCGAGAAAGCAGGAGAGUGAAAGUGAUUUUUUUCAAAUACAGAGGAAUGUUUAUCAUCCUUGUGAGGAUCCGAGUGCCUGCUUCCUUCCCUACGCCACCGCGAAGGUUGAAGAGUUAGCGUUGCAUUUCACUAGAAUUCAGUAAGCUAUAGUCACAUGCCCAAAGACAAUAUGCCGUUAAAAUUGAACGACACCGAACGAAGCAUUCUAAAAACUGAACGCUGUUGGAAGGUUGUCAUUGCAUUAUGUAUGAUCAUAUCAGCCAAUUCAAAUGCUCACCCGUUGCUGGAUAUAAGGAAUUCUGAGGAUGCUCACGGAUCUGCCGAGGUUAAAUACGACUUCAACUGGUCCAUCAGUCACGAAUCCCACAACAGCGAUGAGGAGGACCCGGGAGGGGAUCAAUCUCUGGAAUUCGGCCACCAAGAAACGCGUCUCGGCGACCUCACGAAAGGGUCGUACUUCCUCCAGCUCCCGGGGAACAGACUCGUGACCGUGGAAUACUUCGUUCGCGGGGAUUCGGGAUUCGUGGCUCGUGUCGAGAUCGUGUCGAACGAGUCGGGUGAAUCUGGAGAAGAAGAAGAAGAAGAAGAAGAAGAAGAGUGACUGAUGUUUGUUUUGAUUCUUCUUCUUCUUGCGAAUAUCUGUCAAGAGGUUCAGGCAAUCUUAUGUCACAAAAGGGAAUCUGGAGAGGAAGAAGAAGAAGAAGAAGAAUAAGAAGAAGAAGAAGAAGAAGAAGAAGAAGUGGUAAAAGAAGAAGAGGGACGCCAGAAACCAGAGUAAUAGCGUGAAGUGAAAGUGACUCCUGUUAGUUUUGGGUUCUUCUUGCAAAUAGUUCUUGAGAUUUUAAGGCAAAUAUAUUGAACAAGUAUUUUUUUUUUCAUUGAAAAAAGAAACAUUACAUUUUUAAAUAAAUCUACUUCACCUUCACUAUGAAGUGCAUAUGUCAGCCCCAAAAUAUUAUCUGGGAUCCAAUGAGGCCUGAAGCCGCUAGAAAUUAACUGUAAUCAGAAAAUACCUUAAUGAGAGUAAAAAAGUUACGUGAUAUGAAACAAAUACACAAAUUUUAGUAGAACUCAAACCUUUAGUACGCGAAGGUAGACUUAGAAACAUCUUUUUUAGAACUUCCAUAAUUCUAUAUAUAUAUAUAUAUUUUUUUUUUUUUUUUUGGGGGGGGUCCCUCCUAGUCCUCCAAUUUGACUGGGUGGUAUUAUAGUGUGGGGUUCCGGGUUGCAUCCUGUCUCCUUAGGAGUCCAUCACUUUUCUCACUAUGUGUGCUGUUUCUAGGAGCACAUACUUCUCCAUAAGUCCUGGAGCUACAUUGGCAUCUAGUUUUUCCAGGUUCCUUUUCAAGGAUCUUGGGAUCGUGCCUAGUGUUCCUAUGAUUAUGGGUACAAUUUCCACUGCCAUAUCCCAUAUCCUUCUUAUCUCUAUUUUCAGGUUCUGAUACUUAUCAGUCUUUCCUCUCUUUUUCUCUUCUAUUCUGGUGUCCCAUGGUAUUGCGACAUCAAUGAGUGAUAUUUUCUUCUUGAUUUUGUCAACCAACAUCACUUCUGUUCUAUUGGCAUAUUCUGAUACCAUAGCCUCAGAGGAUCUUUUCUUAAUCGUUUUCUAUUACUCCUUCAAGUUGGUGCUCGUACCACUUAUUACUGCAAGGUGGUGUUUCUUGCACGGGCUCCAGUGGAUGGCUUUUGCUACCGAAUCAUGCCUCUUUUUGUACUGGUUCUAUGCAAGUGCUGGACAUUCACUUCUUAUGUGGUUUAUGGUCUCGUUUUUCAUAUUACACUUCCUGCAUAUGGGUGAGAUGUUAUUCCCAUAUAUCGUUCUUUGGAUAUAUUCUUUCCUGAUCGUGUCCUUCAUCUCUUGGUGUUUUACAUUCUCUCCCUCUAUUAUUCCCAGGUAUUUGUAUCCUGUCUCAUCUAUGUGUUUGAUGCUAUUCCCAUCUGGUAGCUUCAUCUCUCCAGUCCUUGUUACUUUACCUUUUUGUAUGUUGACCAUGGCACAUUUUUCUAUUCCAAACUCCAUCCUGAUGUCCCCAGAUACAAUUUUUACAGUCUGGAUUAGAUUAUCUAUUUCCUUGAUGCUCAUACCAUACCACUUGAAGUCAUCCACGAACAUCAGAUGCUUAAUUCUGUUCUUGAGUUGGUACCCAACAUCCAUCUUCUGUAGUACUUUUGUCAUGGGAAUCAUGGCUACUACGAAGAGUAGUGGGGACAGUGAGUCGCCUUGAAAGAUCCCUCUCCUGAUGUUAACCUCUCCUAUUCUUAUCCCAGAACUUGUAAGUACUGUAUUCCAGUUGCACAUUGUGUUUUUAAGGAAGCUGAUGGUGUUUUCCUCUGCCCCAUACAUUUUCAAGCAUUCUAUUAGCCAUGGAUGUGGUAUCAUGUCGAAGGCUUUCUUGUAGUCAAUCCAUGCCAUGCUUAGGUUGAUUUUCCUUUUCUUACUGUUCUUCAUCACCAUUUUGUCUAUCAGGAGCUGGUCUUUUGUUCCCCUACACUUCCUUCUGUAUCCUUUCUGUUGGUGGAGGAUGGUAUUUGUAUCCACUAGGUAGCUGUAUAGCCUUUCACUGAUGAUACCUGUUAGUAACUUCCACAUUUCUGGUAGGUAGGUGAUAGGCCUGUAGUUACUGACUAUAUUUCCCUUGCUCUUGUCUUUCUGUACUAAUGAUGUUCUCCCUGUGGUCAUCCAUUUUGGGCGCAUGGUGGUUUGUGAUACAAUGCUGGAGUUGUUCUGCUAUUCAUGGGUGUAGGACUUUGAAGUUUUUGAGCCAGUAUCCAUGGACUUCAUCGGGACCUGGGGUUUUCCAGUUGGGCAUUUUCUUUAGUUGGUGUCUGAUUGUGUCUGUCGUGAUCUCGGUGAAUAUUUGUUUAUUCUUCCCAUUUCUUCUGCCUUAUUAUUAUUAUUAUUAUUAUUAUUAUUAUUUAUUAUUAUUAUUAUUAUUAUUAUUAUUAUUAUAGAACAUAACAAGAAACACAGAACGAAAUCACUUAUUAGUAAAGAAAAUAGAUAAAUUAGCAAAUUAAUAAAUAAAUAGAUAAAAAAAAUUUAAAAACUAUUAAAAUACAAGGCGUACUGUUUCAGGUAGUAAUGCAUUGCAUUUAACCUUGAACUCUUGAGGUUAUAUGUGCAUAGAAAUAAGUGUACCUUGGCAGAAAUGUGUUAUUGAUUCCCCGUCUCUUUGGUUAGCUUAUAACCUAUGACACGAUACUCCUGUAUUAACAUUCUAGCGAAGGAAUAUCUUAUCAAAACACAAACGUAGGUACAUACAUACUCAAACAACACAGAAUUAAGGAAUGAGGAAAAUCUUUUCAUCCUUUGCUGAAAGACGAGACCUUUGUCUAAGAAUUUUUACAUCAAAACCGACAUUUGCAUAUUCCGUUACUUGUUCUUUGUUUUCAUUAAUCAGCGUCAUAAACUCGUCCUUGAAUACGCGGGAAUUCGAAAAACAACACCACCUCCUCUUGGUAUAUAUAGAGGAUUACGAGUCAGUAAGCAGACGCCGAUCGUACGGAGAUGAACACCAAGAUUCUUAUCUUCCUGGGUCUCGUAGCAGCGGCCGUCGCUGUAUCGCGGCUGGGCGAUGUCGUAGAGGGAUCAUCCAAAACACAUCGCGACUAUGGAGACCCGAAGUACAGCUUUAGCUGGGAAGUCAGCGACGAGUCCUCCGAGAACGACUUCGGACACGAGGAAUCCCGCGAGGGAGACGACACUGAGGGAUCCUACUACGUCAGGCUUCCCGACGGGCGCUUCCAGACCGUCAAGUAUUACGUCAGUGGAGACUCAGGCUACGUGGCCGAGGUUACGUACGAAUCGGGUGAAUCUUCAGAAGAAUUUGGAAGAGACUAAAAGUGUGUGCUUACCAAGAAAGGCAGCAGGAAGCUCGCAGAAGAUUGGAUCAAAAGAAACCUGUUAGAAAUGGAGGAAGCCUUGCGCGGCACACUGUAGACGUUGAUUUAGGGCUUUUGGGUCGAGGUGUAUUGCUUCCCGCUUUUUACUGCUCGGAGAUUCAUUUUUUUCUUCCAUUUAACUGUUCAACUUCUGUAAUUUUCCAUAAAUGUUCACAUCAGAAUUUAUCUUAGGAAGAAUUUUCUCUAUUUUUCUGAUAGUUCGUUUUUCAUAAUCAGCCAGACUGCUAAGAAAUUGCUCUAUAUUCAUGGCGUUAAUCUGGUAUUUUGAAUAUCAAGAUCUGGUAUUUCUCUGGUAUUAUCAAUACUAAUAUAUGGUAUAUAUAUUUUUAA